AUGCCGACCGCACAGCAUCCGCAAGCGAAGUUCGAUCCCAUCCCGCCGGAUUUCGAUUUGCAUUCGGUUGUAGAGAGGACGCCAAAUUUCCACUGGAUAUUGCGCAUCUCGGCUGCUCAGAUUCGAAACAUAGGACCUCAGGAAUUCGAGCGACUGGUGUUUCUUCACGUCAUCCACGGUGGGAAACCGCUGGUCAUCGAGAAAUGGAACGACCGUCUACCCAAGUCGCUCUUCAGCGCACAAUGGCUGGAGUCUACCUACGAUAAGAAACCCGAGAAUGUUCGAGACGUGGUCGGGCAGGCCGAUAUCCCCAUGUCGAUGGGCCAUUACCUCCGGUCGAUGAAGACGCUCACGAACCAAUGGGCCCCCAGCAAUUUCCGCGAUGAGCGACGACAGCGACUCUAUCUCAAGGACAUCGACUGCCCUCCAGAGUGGCAAGAAUACCUGCAGAAAAUCAUCCCUCCGAACCUUUACUACAUGAACUCGAAUGUCGACGAGCGGGCCGGGAAAGGGAGCGGCGACGAUAUGGGCAUCUUCCAGGAGGGGCGGUCCGCCGCCCCUGCCGGUGAUCUGAUGAGCAGCCUGCCUGAAGAAAUGCGCGCCCAGAACCUCAUGUGCUACAUCGGCCACGAAGGCACUUAUACCCCCGCUCAUCGGGAAAUGUGCGCUAGCCUGGGCCAGAAUAUCAUGGUGGAUGCCUCUGGCGACGAAAAUGGAGAGCGGCCAGGAAGCUCAAUAUGGUUCAUGACCGAGACGAAGGAUCGCGAAGUGGUGAGGGAAUACUUCCUGUCCAUGCUAGGCCACGAUAUCGAAAUCGAGAAGCACUUUGCCCAGGUCAACGCCUGGAAGAAGGCCACCUUUCCUGUGUAUGUCGUGGAACAAAAGGUUGGAGACUUCAUCCUUGUUCCUCCGCUAGCUCCCCACCAGGUUUGGAACCGCGGCACAAGGACCAUCAAGGUCGCAUGGAACCGGACAACGGCCGAAACUCUACAGUUGGCGCUACACGAAGCACUACCAAAGGCAAGGCUUGUCUGCCGAGACGAGCAGUACAAGAACAAGGCCAUCAUCUUCUACACCCUGGACAAGUACUACAAGGAAAUGGUGGAUACGGAGAAGACGGCCGACAUAGGCUUGCUCGGAUUCGGUCAAGAUCUGAUCAAGAACUCGACCAGGAUGAAGCAGAUGGCGGCCGAUUUCAAGUCACUUUUCAGCCUGUUCACCGAGGUUCUCCUCGACGAAAUGUUCGCGACAAGGGAAAAGGAGAUCGACUACAUCGAGUUCGACUCCAACAUUACUUGCUCCUACUGCAGAGCGAACAUCUUCAACCGCUUCCUGACCUGCAAACGCUGCGUACGCCAGCUCGUCAACGGAGACGAGGACACCUACGAUAUCUGUAUGGAGUGCUACGUCAUGGGCCGCUCGUGUUUCUGCGUCUCCAAUCUCAGCUGGUGCGAGCAGUGGCACUGGUCCGAUCUGGUUGACCGGUACGAAUCUUGGCGGGCGUUGAUCAUUAAGAAUGAUGGCUUCGUCAGCUUUGACGGUUCGCCCCUCCCGUUGGAGCUCGCGAGGAGGAAACUGGGCAAGAAGGCGGUUGCCCAAAUCUGCCAGGAGCAACUGCGGAUGCGACCGUGGAAGGACAUCACCCAGGCGAAGGAGGCAUCCGAGCCAGAGUCGGAUGUCGAGGUGGAUGACGAGGGCCGGCCCAAGAAGAAGAAGAAGAGGAAGGCGAAAAAGGGCGACGUGCACCGUUGCCACGUUUGCCAGCAUAAAGACUACAACUACAAGUUGGCCUUCUGCACGAACGAGGGUUGCCAUGAUGCAUAUUGUUUUGGUGUGCUUUACAGGGCCUUCGACAUGAUGCCGCAGGAGGUGGUGCAGAACGAGCGAUGGCAAUGCCCCAAAUGUCUCAAGAUUUGCAAUUGCGCCGCCUGCCGCCGGGCUGGGAACGGCGUUCCCUACAUUCCCAAGACCACCCUGCUCGGGCACGACACCCGCCGAAUCGCAGAUGACCGCAGCGUCGAGACCCUGGUCGACUUCCGCGUUCACAACCUGUCCUGGCUCAAGAGCGUGGGCGACGAGAGCCGGAGCCUGUCGAGCAAGCGAAUGCAGAGGCUACAACAGGCGGCCGAGGCGGAGAAGGCGAAGCAGGCUGAAAUGCCUGACACAGUGCCCACCCUGCCGGACGGCGCCCUGGCGGAACAAAAUGGUUACCACAUGGGCCCCGCUGCCGUCACUGACAUGUCUACGGGUGUGACCCAAGACCAGUCCUCAUACCCCGACCCCUCGGGGCUCGGCCGCGAGAGGAUGCUCGGCAUGGGAUACUAUGAACAGGAUGACAGCCCUGACAAGAUUCUAUUUGACCCGUACCAAAUGCCCUCUACAGAAGCUUUGGUGGUGGAUGACGAACCGGAGAUAUCCAAAUACCACAAGAAACAACCCCGAAUCACGAAACGACGAGCUCGACAGGAAGAAGACGACGAUCCGGACUUCCAAGGGCCAUGCUCUCAUCACAGAAAGAAACCCAGGCUCGAACCCGAGCCCCAGCCCGACGCCCAGGAAGUUGCGCUGAGCAACAUGGACCCCGCCUUGUUUGGCGGUGAUGAGACGGUGCUCGACGCCCCUACGGAAGAAGCCCCGCCAGUCCAUCCUGAAGCGCCGGCAGAAGUCUCACAGCCAGCACCCGAGCCAGCUGAUGGUGCUCAAGACACAAGCGAGCUCUCGGGGACCCAGAGCGCGACUCCGAAUCGUGAGCCCGAGAAGCCGGCAAAGCGGCGUGGACGGCCCCCGAAGGUGCGGCCUUCGCUUAGCGCGGGUCCUGAAAACGAGACGGAUGACCUUGAUGCUCAGCUAGCGCAGCAACUCAAAGGGCUCGACGAAGAAGGCGAGGUUAUCAAUACGGAGGUAGCGCCUCGGGAUGAAACGGCAGGACCUGUAGGGCCGAGGAGACGCGGUCGUCCACCGCGCAACGCCCAACCCGAGGCCCGGUCGAAAAAGCCAGAAGUAGCUGUGGAACUGCCAUCGCAGUCACUGCUGUCCAUGGCCGAAAGGAUGCGCCUCAGGGGCAAGAAAUUCAGAAUUGGUCAGCCAAAGGGAUCGGCAUCGGCAAAUCCAAAGACCACUACUCGCUCGAGAGAAAGCGAAGGGGAGAGCACCCCCGUGGAAGCCGAGCAUCGACCCGCCGAACGUUUACCUCCCCAAAAAGAAGCAACCCCAAAACCAGUCGCGAGAGGCAGAGGCAGGCCUAGGAAGCAAGCCACCCGCGACGAAACAGAGAGCGCAGGCGACGACUUUGAUCCCGCUGCGGAAGAGGAAGCGGUGUCAGACACAGCCCGCAGCCCAUCCCCGCUGGUACAUGCCGAGCCCAAGCCAGUCCUCGAGGCAGACCCCGAACCUUCUCCGCCGCCGAGCAUCUCUGCGACCCCACCCCUAGCGCCAUCCAUGGCCGUACAGGAAAGUCUAGCUUCACCGUUUCCUGAGCAGGAGGAACCCGGACCCGGACCUGACCAGGAAGUCGAAUCCGAACCCUCUCCCGCUGUCGAAACCACCCCAUCUCCGGCACCGUCGCCGCCUGCCGAACCCACACCGACUCCCGAACCCUCUGCACCUGCCGAAGCGACACCGACUUCCGAACCCUCCCUCCCCAUCACGCCCUCGCCCGUUCCCGAAUCAUCCCUCCCCAUCGAACACUCACCCGUUCCCGAACCCUCACCCCCGCCGUCCCCGCCGCGACUCCCGUCCGGCCCGACCAUAGUGAGGUUGUUGGACUCGGACGAGGAGGACGACUAUUACGACGGUGGGGGAGGGGGGUACUCCACCGACGGCGAAGGUGCGUCACGGUCGGGGUCGGAGCAUGGUGGCGAGGCUGGUAGUGAGGUGGGGAGCGAUGGGCUGAGCGGUGCCCUGGAGCCGAGUGACUCGGAUGAGGAUGAGGAUGAGGAUAUACCCGCGAGACCUAGUCUGGCGAGCCGAGGGAGGGGUGCGGCCGUUCGUGGAACCCCCGGGGUUGGGAGGGGUAGGCCAAGGGGUAGGGGAAGGGGGCGCGGGGUGGCGGUGUGA